UAAAAAUGGAAGAGCUAGAGAAGAGUGGUUGCGACGAGAGACUUGGCCGAGAAGAACAGACGCAACUGAAACAGAGUGCUMUGUCAUCGAGUACCACAGAUUCAACAAUUGCAGAUAACACCACCAAUCARAACAAAGAAAGAGAUGCUAAAAUUACGAGCCAAAACGAAGCACUCGUUGGRGAAGAUUCAUCUUUAAAACGUUCACUGAAUCGUCAUGACUUCUUGGAGCUUGAUAAGGGACCACAAUCCACGAUGGAACAUACAAUGAGCACUGCAAACGAUAUUGGUCGAGUAAUGAGUGCUGCAAACGGAACACGAAACGUUUCGAACAAGAGAUUAAAAAGGGGAGAAUCACUUGAUGCCAUUCCAAAGACUCCGGCGACUACACCAACCUCUGGUGCAACUAUGAAUACCACGAGAGAGGAUCAUAGUCCCAAUCCGCCACCUCCUACGCCUCCACCGUCUGUUGCGUCCACAGCUACGAACACUUCGUCUGUGGCUCCAUCCGAGGAGGCRGCAACCCCUUCCAUUGGAUCGGGAUCUAUGCUAGCGAAACAUAAGGAUGUUUCCUCGGGUGGUAAUGGUGGUGGUUGGACGGACGAUGAUGCCUACGAACGCAUGCCAAAGACUCCGAUUGCACCCCCACAAAGUACGUCGUCUUCAAGGGUAACUUCGCGACAUACUGCAGCGUCCCCACUCCUCUGUGCUGGCGGUGUAUAUCUUGCGGACGUUCCACCAGCGCCACCCACAACCCCGGCACCAAAACUCGGCGGGAAUGUAUACCGGGAUUUAGGAUUGGCAACUCCACUUCCAUACACAGCCGGCUUCGUUCAAAAUGCAAAUCAACUGGAGAUGCAACAACGGCAAAACCAACAGAGGCAGAAAAAACUUCAAGRAGAGAUACAAGAAGGGGCUAUCACUCCCGCWCCCCAUCGAUCUCAGACCGACACGGCGAGGCCACCAGCUGCAACAGGAACGACAGCAACUUCCCUCUCGGACGAUUUUUCUGAAUGGGCCGUGGGAGAUCGAUACAAACUAUGUAGGAUGCUGGGGCGAGGUUCGUAUGGUGAAGUUGCACAGGCAAUUGACAAGUACCAAGGGCGACCAGAUGCAUUUGUAGCGAUCAAAAGGAUAGUUGGUCCAUUUGACCAAGAAGUUGACGCCGUGCGUCUUUUUCGAGAAAUUCAUAUAUUGAGGAGACUGCGGACACUUGGAAAAAACGAUUGCAUCGUUCCCUUGUUAGACGUUGUCCAACCGCCGACGGAAGAUCUUAACGACUUCCACGACUUGUAUCUUGUCUUUGAUUAUGUGGAUACYGACUUGUACAAACUUAUCAUGUCUCCACAAUACUUGACGACCGAACACAUACAAACUUUUCUUUAUCAGAUGCUGAUCGGCCUGAAAUACAUUCAUAGCGGCAAUGUCAUUCAUCGAGACUUGAAACCAGCAAAUAUUUUGUUAAACGAAGACUGCUCAUUGAAAGUACGUAUGMACGCUCAACAAAUGAUCCGUACUGGCGAAAAGAAAUAYAUAUAUAUAYRUGACGGUUCGCUCUCACACCACAAAUCUCUCGUUCUCUACACCAAAACAGAUUUGCGACUUUGGGUUGGCUCGCAUCGUAGACGAAAUUUCGGUCGCACGUUCUUCUUCAUCUUCUAUCAAAGAUAAAAACAGCGGGAACAC